UCGUCAAAAAUAUGAAUUAUGUUGCAAAGAAAAAAGUGAUUCUAAUGAUAAUCAUUUGGAUGGUAGCAGUCAUUUGUGAAUCCCUCAAGACAUCAUUAACUAUAUGUGAUCUACUUUGACCCGUCUUUCUCAUGCUACCCAAAAAAAUGACGUGAUAUUAGAUCCUUGUAACUAACUCAAUCUAUCAUCAUCCCUUCUAAUUUGUACUUUCUCUGUUGAUAAAAUCUAUACACAGAGAAGUACAUAUGACAUAUCAAACCACCAUGGAUACAAAUAAUAUACUACUCUCAUUACAAUCUCUUCCGGUUACAAUAUGCGCCACCUUCUUCUUUCUCUUCCUUCUAUUUCGCCUACAUAGAAGCCGCAUAGCUUCAAAGACACCACCGGAAGCCGGCGGAUCAUGGCCGUUAAUCGGCCACCUCCACCUCUUAGGUGGUUCCCAACCACCUCACGUCACCUUAGGAAACUUAGCCGACAAAUACGGACCCAUCUUCACCGUUCGUUUAGGUGUUCACAAAACCUUAGUAGUAAGCAGUUAUGAAAUGGUGAAACAGUGUUUUACCGUAAACGACAAAACUUUUGCUUCACGUCCUAAAUCUAUAGCCUUUGAAAUCAUGGGUUAUAACUCUUCCAUGUUUGGUUUGAGUCCUUAUGGUUCUUAUUGGCGUACCGUGCGUAAAAUUGCCACUGUUCAUGUCCUCUCAGCUCAACGGAUAGAUAUGCUUAAACAUGUAAUGGAAUCUGAGGUGAAAGAAGCUAUGAAAGAGAGUUAUUCAUUUUGGUUAAAGAUGAAGAAUGAGGGUAACUCUGAAAGGGUAUUUACGGAAAUGAAAGAAUGGUUUGCAGACAUAGCGAUUAACGUUGUUUUUAGGACAGUAAUGGGAAAACGUUUUGAUGGUGAUGAGGAAGAGAAUCAAAGGAUAAGAAAAAUGAUUAGAGAUUUUUUUAAUCUUAGUGGUUCAUUUGUUGUUUCUGACAUGUUACCGUAUUUGAGAUGGUUGGAUUUGGAUGGAAAACAGAAGCAAAUGAAGAAAACAGCAAAAGAGUUAGAUGACUUUGUUUGUGUUUGGCUUGAUCAGCACAAACAUAAGAAGAAUUCUGGUCGUGAACAAGAUUUCAUGGAUGUGCUGCUUUCAACCGUUGAUGAAGAUUUAGAUGGCCGUGAUGCUGAUACUACAAUCAAAGCCACUUGUAUGGCACUAAUUCUAGCAGCUACAGACACUACAGCAGGAACAUUGACUUGGACUCUAUCUUUACUUCUUAACAAUCGUGAGGUCCUAAACAAAGUCAUUCAUGAAUUAGAUACACAAAUUGGUAAGGAAAAGAUGGCAAUACAAACAGAUUUGACGAAGUUGGAGUAUCUUCAAGCCAUUAUCAAAGAAACAUUGCGUCUAUACCCACCAGCACCACUGAAUUUGCCUCACGAGUCUAUUGAGAAUUGUACCAUUGGUGGAUACCACGUGCCAGCUGGUACGCGUCUCCUAACCAACCUUUCGAAGCUUCAACGAGAUCCAAUGUUAUAUUCGGAUCCGUUGGAGUUUCGACCAGAAAGAUUCCUCACAACACACAAGGAUGUUGAUGUCAAAGGCCAACAUUUCGAGUUGAUUCCAUUUGGUGCAGGUAGAAGAAUGUGUCCUGGAAUCUCAUUUGGUCUUCAACUUAUGCAAAUAACACUUGCUACAUUGUUGCAUGGGUUUGACAUAGUGACUUCAGAUGGAGGACCGGUUGAUAUGGUUGAAAUAAGUGGAAUGACCAACAUCAAAGCUUCUCCUCUACAAGUCAUCCUUAGUCCACGUUUGUCAGAUCAAGCUUAUCGUCAAAAUUAAUGUCCGAGGUGGGGAUUUUGGUCUCGCGGUGUGAAUUAUAUCACACCAUUACAUAAACUUUAUUAAAAUUAUUUAUAUUAUCAUUUAAUGUAUAAUAAAAGGAUUCCCAUUCUCUUUUCUCUUUAACAACUGCUUUUGUAAAACCUUGGUUGCCACAGGGACAAAUCAAUUGGAAAUUGUCCUUUGCUAAAUAAGAAAGAUUAUAAAGUACUGAUAAGU